CUGGAAAAUGGCGGCUGUACCAGACGGGCAGAUUGAGUCGGACAGUGAAAAAGAAACAAAGCCAGACGUGUUGAACGAUGGAGCUGGAAAUAUUACUGGCACUUCGACGGGAGUUCUGUCUUCUCCGCCCAAUGCAGCUUCCUCGGCCACCGGAGAUACAAAGCCCGUGGCACCGCCUGGAGCCGAGGACCAGCAGACCCUGAUAGCCGUGCUGCAAUACCUCCGGAAAAACAACUUGUUGGAAUCGGUGGAUAUUUUGCGUCGAGAAGCAGGGUUAUCGGAUAAUGCUGAUGACUCGCAGGGUGCAGAUGGAUCUAGUUUGGGUUCUGGUGGAAAUGCAGAUGAAAGCGGGGGUGCAAACUCUCUGCUGAACCGAGUGUCCAUCGCCACCCCGGCAGCCCCUGUCCCAGCGGCGCCAAUCAAAGCAGACGACCAGCCAGACGUGAACGUUGUACUUUCGGCGUACAGCCAGAAGGGGGACACAGCGCUGUAUGAGACCUACUACACCGGGCUGAAGAACUUCAUCGAGUCUGUGCUGGACUGUCAUCGAGCCGAGCUCUCGCAGCUCUUCUACCCGCUCUUCGUUCACAUGUACCUGGAGCUGGUCUACAACAACCAUGAGCAAGAGGCAAAGGCUUUCUUUGAGAAGUUCAGCGGCGACCAGGAGUGCUACUACCGCGACGACCUGCGCGUCUUGUCGGCGGUUAGCAAGCGCGAGCACAUGCGCGGCAACGAGACGCUGCUGGACUUCCGCACCAGCAAGUUCGUGCUGCGCAUCUCGCGCGACUCCUACCAGCUGCUCAAGCGCCACCUGCAGGAGCGGCAGAACAACCAGAUCUGGAACAUCAUCCAGGAGCACCUGUACAUCGACAUAUUUGAUGGCAUGCCGCGCUCCAAGAGCCAAAUCGACAGCAUGUCUGGCAGCCUGGCUGGAGAGACGCGACGCGAGGCCAACAAAGUCAAGGUGUUCUACGGUCUGCUGAAGGAGCCGGAGAUUGAGGUGCCGCUGGACGAGGAGGACGAGGAGGCGGAGAACGAGGAGGGCAAGCCCAAGAAGAAGAAGCCCAAGAAGGACAGCCUGGGCAACAAGAGCAAGAAGCAGGACCCCAAUGCACCACAGCAGACCAGAAUCCCUCUCCCGGAGCUGAAGGACUCGGACAAGCUGGAUAAGAUCAUGAACAUGAAGGAGGCCACCAAGCGCAUCCGGCUCAACGCAGACACACUGCCCUCCAUCUGCUUCUACUCCUUCCUCAACGCAUACCAGGGUCUGACUGCAGUGGACGUUGCCGAUGACUCCAGCCUGAUAGCGGGGGGCUUCGCCGACUCCACUGUCAGAGUGUGGAGCGUCACCCCGAAGAAACUACGCAGAGUCAAGUCAGCAGCUGACCUGAACAUGAUCGAUAAGGAGUCUGACGACGUGCUGGAGCGCAUCAUGGACGACAAGACGGCCAGCGAGCUCAAGGUCAUGUACGGCCACAGCGGACCCGUCUACGGCGUCAGCUUCAGCUCAGACAGGAACUACCUGUUGUCGAGUUCAGAAGACGGCACGGUGCGCCUGUGGAGCCUGCAGACCUACACAUGUCUGGUGGGCUACAAAGGACACAACUACCCCGUCUGGGACACGCAGUUCUCCCCUUACGGAUACUACUUCAUCUCCGGAGGACACGACAGAGUGGCUCGAUUAUGGGCAACUGAUCACUACCAGCCUCUGCGCAUCUUCGCUGGCCACCUGGCCGACGUCACUUGCACGCGUUUCCACCCCAACUCAAACUACGUGGCCACGGGCUCUGCUGACCGCACCAUCCGCCUCUGGGAUGUCCUCAACGGAAACUGCGUCCGCAUCUUCACCGGACACAAGGGUCCCAUCCACGCAUUAGCCUUCUCCCCCAACGGUAAGUUCCUGGCGUCGGGGGCCACGGACGGCCGUGUGCUGCUGUGGGACAUUGGCCACGGCCUGAUGAUCGGGGAACUGAAGGGCCACACCGACACCAUCUACUCCCUCAAGUUCAGCCGCGACGGGGAGAUCCUCGCCUCAGGCUCCAUGGACGACACGGUGCGCCUGUGGAACGCGGCGCGGGCGUUUGACGAGGUGGAGACGGACGACUUCACGGCGACCACGGGCCACAUCCACCUGCCUGACAACUCGCAGGAGAUGCUGCUGGGCACCUACACCACCAAGUCCACGCCCGUCAUACACCUCCACUUCACCAGACGCAACCUGCUGCUCGCUGCCGGGGCUUACAACCCCCAGUAACAGGCCCCCUAACAUCAUCUCGUACUGUGUUACAACCCCCAGUAACAAGACCCGUUACAUUACCUUGUGUCACUUAGCACCCGCCCUCUCUCUGCUACUACACCACCAAGUCCACGGCCGUCAUACACCUCCC